GAAUGUUACAUAACUGAAAUGAACGUGACAGUGAUAGGUCAGCCAAGGAAACACUUGUGGUAAUGUGAAGGUCGGUGAACGAUAACAGCGGGUUAUACUGGAGAGCUACUUUGGACCUGCUGUUAAUACUUUCAAGUGUGUAUAGUUCAAUGGCGGAAUCUGAGGUACAGCGAUACAAAGGCAAAGUGACAAUUGUCACUGGAGGGUCCAAAGGCAUCGGGAAGGGCUGUGUCGAGGUGUUUGUAAAACAUGGAUCCAAGGUUGUUUUUUGUGCAAGGGGAGAGAAAGAAGGCAAAGAACUGGAGGCCGAAAUGAACAAGAGAGGUCCUGGAGAAACAAUGUUCCUCACCUGUGAUGUUUCCAAGGAAGCUGAUAUAAAGAAUGUGGUGGCCAAAACAGUGGAGAAGUACGGAAGGAUCGAUUGUCUCAUCAACAAUGCAGGGCAACAUCCCCCUCACACCUCCAUUGAUGAUAUAUCAGCGGAUGAUUUCCGCCGCCUACUAGAUGUGAAUAUUGUCAGCAUUUUCCUGUUCUCCAAGUUUGCGUUGCCACAUCUGAGGAAAACCAAGGGCAACAUCAUCAACGCAUCAAGUCUAGUUGGUCAGAUAGGUCAGCCAGGGGCCACAACCUACGUCUCUACAAAGGGUGCAAUCACUUCCUUCACCAAGGCACUGGCUGUUGACGAGGCCGUACACGGGGUGCGCGUGAAUGUGUUUUCUCCGGGUAACGUUUGGACCCCCAUGUGGGAAAACGAAGCCAACUCGCGCCCCGAUCCCGAGGCUUGCAGGCAGGCUGGGGCAGAUGCACAGCUGGUGGGACGAUAUGGUACACUGGAGGAGAGUGGCCUUCUAUGUCUCUACCUCGCAGCCGACGCCACCUUCUGUACUGGUAUAGACGUGAACCUGUCAGGCGGGGCGGAGCUCGACUACGGCUACAAAAACAAAAUGAAAACAUCUAAGAAAGACACGUGAUUUUACCAACAACGUUUAUUAUAAUACCAUUCGUUAUUAAACUAUAUCGUAGGUCAUUCAAUUGGGUUAACUUAUACUGUGUGAACAUGCCUAUACUAAAUAGAGUAAAUAUACUUCUACUGUUUAUUGUCAACAUCUUGUCAAACUAUAUACUGUGAAUAUCUCUUAAAACAUGCAUUUACUGAACGCCGUUAAGAUGUUGUCGAUGUAAACUGUACUUUGUAGUGUCGAUAUGCCUAAAAUACUGUAUUCCGUCUUUUCGUAUUGCAGUGUUAUCUGCUCUUGUGAGCAGGUAUUGAUUGUUACGUCAUUAGUUUGUGUGAGAAAAUAACGUCGUUUUCUCAAAAAAUGUUGACGUUACUCUCUCAAACAAGUAAUGAACACUCAAUACCUGCUAUCUAGAGCAGAUAACUCUGCAAUACGAAAAGACGGAAUACUGUAAACACGCACCAUCCUUUAUACUGUCAACAAAAUUAUACUUAUCACUACAAACAUAUUGAUGUGGUUUGCUAUAACAUAUAGGCCUACUCAAUGGAGAAUAAAGGAUACUAAAUAUGUCAA